UUAAGUAGUAGAAACCGAUGACUUUUCGACGACAAACUCCCACCACUCGAAACCUUACACUUUUACAAAUAUUUCGAAGGGCGCGCGAACUUCCCGCUGAGAUCAGUCGGUCCAGACGUGGCGUUCAGUUACAGACAAACUAAAAUCAACCUUUCUGUCACCAACAGUUACGAGAUCUACAUUGUUUCUGCGGAUUCCUUCAACUAAUAUCAAAUGUCUGUCCCAGUGGAUCAAAGUGAUCCAAGCAAAGGCCGGGAUUCCCCAGUAACUGCUACAUCAAAUUGGACGAUCAAUGUUUCAGAUAUAAGGACAGUGAAAGUCAGCAAUAUUUCGUUAGCUGCAUCAGAGCGGGACAUCAAAGAAUUCUUCUCUUUCUCUGGUGAUAUUCAAUAUGUUGAAAUGCUAAGGGAAUCUGAAAAGUCUCAGCUUGCAUAUGUUACAUUCAAGGAUUCACAAGGAACAGAUACAGCAGUUCUUUUGUCGGGAUCCACCAUUGUUGAUCUUUCUGUCUCUAUAACACCAGUUUUGAAUUACCAGUUGCCUCCUGAAGCUAUUCCAGCAAAUCCGAAGCCCUCUAAUGCCAAUUCAGCUGUUAAGAAGGCUGAGGAUGUGGCAAGCAGCAUGCUUGCUAAGGGGUUUGUACUGGGGAAGGAUGCCCUUAACAAGGCCAGGACCUUUGAUGAACGGCAUCACUUGACGUCAAAUGCCUCUGCUACUGUUUUGUCCCUUGACAGAAGGAUGGGCCUGAGAGAAAAGAUAACCAUUGGGACUACUUUGGUCAAUGAGAAGAUGAGGUUGGUGGAUGAGCGGUUCCAGGUGUCUGAAAAGACAAGAUCAGCCAUUGCAUUGGCUGAGCAGAAGGCAAGCAGUGCAGGGUCAGCCCUGAUGGAGUACCGCUACAUCUCAGCUGGUGCAUCAUGGGUGUCAAGUGCCUUGGGCAUGGUUGCCAAGGCAGCUGAGGACUUGAGCCAGAUGACAAAGGACAAAGUUGAAAAAGCCGAGGAAGAGAAGAAGGAGAGUAUUUCUAGGCAGAGUACAGGGAUCCUUAACAACUACACUCACAUCCACCUCGAUGAGCCUCCAAGAGGGGAGCCACCAGUGCCAGUUGAUGCAGCUGAUGGAGGUAAGCUUGGCAUCAUAUGAGUGCCGAGGUUUACACUCUUUUGUCAUUUUUUUUCCCACUUCUUGUAUAUUCUUUUUGGGGAGUUCAAUUCUUAGCCUAGUUUGUUAUUGUUGGAUUGAAUUUGAUGUAGAUUGCUUAAUUGUUGUA